UUAUCUGAUUCAUCACAAACUUAUGAUACUAGCUUAUCUAUUGUAAAUACUUCCAGUCCAAAAAGAAAAAGACAUCGUAUUACUAAAACUAUAGCUUUACGCAGUUUUGUUCAUUUUUUUAAAAAAGAAAAUAAAACUGCUCAAUGUAAAGUCUGUAUUGCAAACUCAAAAGAGCCUUAUAAAUAUAUUACACAUAGCAGUACUACUAAUCUACGAAAUCAUUUAGAAGAACAUGAAAUUUAUAAACACAAUUAUAAAAAUUUUCUUGAUGAAAAUAAUGAA